AUGUUCCUUCUGUCCCCUUCCCCCUGGAUAUAUGAAAGCUCCUAUGAUGACGAUUAUAAGUGGUGCCAGCUAGAAAGACAGAAGGAAGUCAAAGAGAGCUUCCUGACCUAUGACCUUAACAAUAAUACUGCCUUCAAAUGUGCCUGGAACAAAGCAGAGGAAUAUUGGAAAGGCAAGGUGUUCCCUUCUGGUCUGGACAAGGAGGUAGUUCUGGCUGUCACAGCCUAUACAAGUAAUUCAUGCUACGCUAAGUUUAAUGAGGCUGUGGAAGCAGGAGUGAAAAAAGUGAUGAGCAGCCACUACAGGUCCAUGCAUUUUCUGCUCACCAUGGCCAUAAAAAACUUAAAUGUUAAUGCAUGUGUUACAUCUUAUAGAGGAGUAAAGGUAACAAUAAGGCCAAAGGUAGGAGAGGCCUUUCGCUUUGGAAGAUUUGCAUCAUCUUCUAGAGAUCGUGCUGCCGCUGAGGGGUUUAAAACAGCAACACUAUUCAUCAUCAAGACAUGUCAUGGGAUAGACAUUGCCAAAUAUUCUCUUUUCCCAGAUGAAGAGGAAGUGCUGAUUCCCCCCUAUGAAGAGUUUCAGGUGACUGCAGUCAAUAACAAUGAAGUCACGCUCCUCUCCCAGAAGACCACUGUCUACUACAGAUGUGUUCCUCUGAGCGGUUCACCCAGGAUUGGCAUCACCUCACUGGAAGUUGGCCUGUGCUCUUCUUUCAUUGUAGCUCUUCAGAUAUUCUUCAAUACUUCUAUAUUGUAAUGAAAUUUACUCAAGUGUUCUGAAACACACAAAGGCCCAAAAAUACUCAAAAUGUCCAGUAGAGAGGGUAAAACCUUCUAAACCUGGUUGAUCACCAAAAAACAGCAACAAAGAAUCUUUACACACACAAAACAGUUUACAAAAUACUAGUUAAUAUCAAAGAUACCAAAGAGCACAAAAGACAAAAGGAGCUGUUUGCAAAGGCAAAGGAAUUCCGAAGCAAACAAUGUUCCAAAAUAUGAAUCCAAAAAAUAGACAAGAAACAAAGGACAGAGGUCAAAAACUCAAUAAAUCACAAUAACAGUAAUUAUAAUAAUAAUAAUUCAUUACAUUACUACAGAAACUAACCACUAUCACGAGA